AUACAGUUGUGCAACUGCCUCCCAUCAUCAGUAGAAGAAUCUGUAGCUGGCGACACAACCUGCACAGGUCGUUGUGCCAGCGAAAAGACUUUUGAUAACACUUCCUUGUGAAAAAAUGUGUGACGACAAACAUGGCAAGUCACCGAAGAGUGAUGACGAGAAUGAGCUGUCGGCCAGUGAUGAGUCCGAGCCAGAGGAGGCCCCCAGUGGCGCACCCUUUGACCCAGAGCUAGAUGCUGAGGAUGAUGAUGAUGAAGCCGAUGACCGCAACAAGCCGGCAGUGAACGUUCAAGAUGGCGCUCCGAAAGCCAACCCUUUCAGCCUCAAAGGUGGGAGCUCGGGGUUCUCCAGCCGCAGUCACAGCAUCUUCGACUGCCUGGAUAGCAUGGCCAAGAUGACGUCUUCUACUCUGGGCCAGGAUAAAGUCAUAGAUGGCGUGUUUGCCCGACCUGUAGCUCCACCUCCCAGCCGCAAAACGAGCCACCCCCCUCCAACCAGCCCCACCCCAGCAAAGAAACGUGGGGUGCCCGAUUACAUGGUGAACCCGGAUCGCUGGACUCGCUACAGUCUGGAAGAUACAGCUGAAACUAGCGAUCAGGGCAAUAGCAGGGUGGCGCAUCAAUAUCUGGCAAGUCUGCUGCAAAAGAAAGACGAGCCAGUGAAUAGGGACUCCUGUAAUCUCCACGAGAAAAUUAUCUUCUCCAAGCCUAGCCGAGUAGGGAAGGAACCACCCACCAACAAGUCAGAGAAGCAGAGCAAGGAAAAGGGCAUGCGUUUAACCCAUUUGAACGAAGAGGAGGAGGAAGAAGAGGACAAGAAAGAUUUACAAAUUACACAAAAGAAAGAUGAGUCGGACAUUAAGAAAAAACUGAACGUGGAGGGAGAUGGUGAUGACGUAACACAAGAGGCAAUACAGGCGAAUGCAGGAUUCGGUGCAUUUAAGAAAACGCAUCACAAAAUGUACAGGAAGAGCGCAGAGGAGAGUAGCCACAACUAGGCCCAUGUUAGGCACUAUGAAAUAAGAAUAUUGUACAAUGUUGUGUGUAGAGUUACAAGGCAGCAUAUCAUUUGAAUUUAAGGUGCAUUGUGUGACUUUUGUGGUUAGGGGUCCACAAUCCUGGAUAUCCAUUGCUUUGUCUGAAAUGUUCUGUGCUAUGGCUUUUAGCUUGCCUGUAAUUAAAUAAAUGUUAGACAGAUGUUUUAUAUUGUUAAAAAUACCUUGGAAAACUUGCAUUCCUACUGUAUGUGGAAACACCUCACCACAGAUCUGACCUUUAACUUGUUUAACCUGGUAAUGUUAUCUGCUUGUCUCCAUGGAGAUAAGUAGAUGCCAUACUGAUAAGUUUAAUGCCAUUUUGUGUUAUAUUCCAGGCAAAACAAUAACAUCUCCAUAAGAUAAGCAGCUGGCGUACCCUCCACCAGAAAAGUGACUUCUUAAUGCACUUUAAGCUGUAUCAUUGCAUAUACAUUUGUCUUCCAUGUAAAUAUGGGCCCAUAUGUGGAAAGUAGAAAAAUGCAUGCAUUGCUUAGUAAAGUUUAUCGUAUUGUAUCACUCCUUUAAACGUGUAAAUAGAAUCAAACUGACUUGUUCGGGUUCUUAAAUCUUUUUGUAACGCUAGUGCUCCCUGAGUUUUUUUCUUUUUUUUUUGUUUAUGUGCCUUCUAUUUAAAUGAAUGGACUAAAGCAAUACCACUGUAGACUUUUAUUUUGUAAGCUGGUUUUGAAUAAUUUGUGUCUAUCUUCAAUGUUGUCAUUAGCUCUUGGCUGAAACGUAGCAUUGCCUGCAUAACAUUGCCUGCCAAUCAUAAUUAACACAAAAGUACCGUAUUUAGGUUUGUAGGUAGGCAGCAGGCACUUGAUGUUUUGUUUAUAGUUUCUGAUUUGGCAAAGGUCCAAUUAUAUUUUCCGGUUUUGAGAAAGCAAAACUGUUUUAUAGCCUGCUAAUUCCUCAUCUUCCAAAUCAUCCCCUGCAAUGGCGCGACCAAUAGGCUAAUUACUAAGGUGAACUGCAUGCACUGUUUAACUAUAGAUCUAGAUGUAAAAAUAUGUAUAUGGUUUGCUGGCAUAGGGCCUUAUUUUUAGAGCUAUCUUGUAUGUCAAAUAAAACAAUAUUGUCUACGACUUGUUAUAUUUAGUGUGGUUAAGAAAUUGUAUAAAUCAUCUUUCAGAAUUAAAAAAGCUCAGUUGUUUUUUUUAAAGAAUUGUGCAGUGUGUUUUGUUUAAACCUACUGCUUGUUCUCGCGGGAUCCUUACAAGGCUAACGUGUUUAAUCAAAUGUAUGUUAACAUUCAGGUUGGCUAAGUUUGAUAAAAGCUGGUUCAUUUGCAUGUUAUCUGAAGCGGUUUGUUUGGAUAGGCCACAUUCACAUGGCUCCAAGCAGUUAGUGAAUAGGUACUCUUGUUUUGGUGCAAUUAAAUUUAUCUUUUCAGGGAUAAAAAAUUUGCAUGGCUUGGUUGGCAUUCCAUUGUAAACCUGGAAGAAAACCUGACAUUAAAUUAAAAUGAAUCCUU